AUGGCGGGCCCGAUCCACACCUACGGUCCAAGCUGCUUGCUAGUGGAUGAAGAGCAGGACCACACCAGACCGCAAGCACUACCAUCACCACCAGAACUCCGAUCACAGUUCUUUUAUAUUUCAUCGUUACCGAUCGAUGAUCCACUCGCUCCACUGCCACCGCCUGCAAGCCACGCGACUGGAAACGACAGACUUCCUCCCACACCGUUCUCAGCCAGAGACAACAUUGCCCUAGAGGAUGCCUGGAGUGGGCUACGGGAAGCGAGAAAAACCAAGAUAAUCGAAUACAACAGAUCCAGGUCAAACACAUCGGGAAGGCCUGGCAUAGCUGUUCCUGGGCACGAAUUGGUCUCAGAUGUCGAACUCCACCACAAGCCGACCAAGCAAGAGGGCCCUUCUUUGAUUGGUAGUAAAGAAAGCAGUCUAAGCAAUCCUCCGUUGCUGGACGAGAUUCCCUCCCGCAGUCACAGGAGCCACCUCGGUUUUGCUGCCGGAAGUGCGAAUGCACGAGCUUUGGAGCUUGGGAAGGAAAAUCAGAUCGGAUCCUCACUGGGCGACGGCUUGGAUUACGACACUCCCAGGGCAAUUGCCAUCGAUCGGAAAAGACCACGUUCUUCAUCCGUCAACGAAUCUAGCGCAGCCAAAAGAAGAAACAGUGAUUCAUUGGAGACCAAAGAUGUGGGUGAAGGUGAAGAGACACAAAGUCUGAGAGCCGAUCAUUCUCGCGAUGCGAGCAUGAGUGGUUCACCUUUUAUACGGGUGCCUACAUCUCAGUUCCAAACACCACUUGGUCGCUCGUUUGAGUCCACGACAUCAAAAGAAGGGGGCGAAUGGCAGGCCGAACUACGAACCAGUACUCCUCCUCGCAGUGUUCCAAAGCCUUCGGGCCUGAGAACGACUGUUAGCCUGGAUCAAUUGACACUGGACUCGCAGGAGGAGAGAACCGAAGAGCCAAACACCCAGUCAAAGAUUCCAGUUGGAGUUUCACGGCUUCACUUGGUUGAGUUACCAAAUCUAAAGAUGAAACCUAUUUACUGGAGUCCGCUUCAAGACAUAUCAAAUGUAGUCCGAGCCACCUGGUUCUACAAGAAUACUAUGUUGCCUGUUGAAACAGAGCUUGCGAAUAAGCUGGAAAAAGGCUACAUUUAUUUGAAGCCUUGGACCGACACCUGGCAAGAUGAACUGAAUAGUUGUGUCGAAAACGGCGCCGACGCCGAGUUAAAGAUUGUCUAUCCAUUGUGGACGAACCAAGACAAUCGAUCUGCAACUUUACAAAACCUACAAAGUAGUGACACACCUCUAGAUGACGCAGGAGAUCUCUUGAAAUUCGACAAAAACCAAGCGGCAGGCGGCACCUCUGUUCAAUCUGAGAGCAUCAAAUCAUACCUCACAUCCAGUGCCAUCUAUGUCGAUGCAACAAAUGCUCAAAUACUCCGGCCAAGCUUACUUCCCUCUGUGUCGAGAGGACGACGACCUCUUGGUCCAAUCAGAAAGGGUCGACAGAUAGGCAUACCCGUGGUUCGCGGCUUUAGUCGAAAGGCAUGGGAACGAUUGCACCCGUCAAAGCCCAAUCCUAUUGACGUGCGUCAUUACAUCCGCAAGACACAGUCGAGGAGUUCCCACGCACCAGGUGAACAAAUAUGCUAUGCGUGCAAGAUGGAAGAGUCACGACCACCUCCCACAGACCUAGUCCUCGUUAUCCACGGCAUCGGGCAAAAGUUAUCGGAGAGGAUGGAAAGCUUCCAUUUCACUCACGCCAUCAACGCGUUUCGACGAGAGGUGAACAUGGAGCUUAACAACGAACCUGUGUGGCCGCACGUGCGCGAAGACCAUGGGGGAAUCAUGGUUCUUCCUGUGAAUUGGCGCAUGAAACUCUCCUUGGAUGACCCUGAAGUCGAGUCUGAUAUCGAAGAUCCAGCUAGCAACAAUUUCUCUCUUGCAGAUAUCACGCCUCAGACACUUCCCGCCAUCCGAUCUCUAAUCAGUGAUGUGAUGCUUGACAUUCCUUACUAUCUAUCACAUCACAAACCGAAAAUGGUCAAGGCAGUGGUCAGAGAAGCGAAUCGUGUAUAUCGCCUCUGGUGUAAAAACAACCCAGGGUUUCAAGAACACGGCCACGUACAUCUCAUUGCUCACUCCCUCGGAAGCGUGAUGGCUAUAGAUAUUCUUAGCCAGCAACCAACACAUGUUCCACACUUCGACUUCUCCAAUACGCCUUUGCAUAGCGACAUAUUUGAGUUCGAUACUAGACAUCUUUUCCUUUGUGGUAGUCCAGUCGGCUUCUUCUUGCUUCUUAACAAGGCUAGUCUUCUUCCCCGAAAGGGUAGAGAAAAGCCAGGCAGCGAAGGUGACGAUUUGCUUCGUGGUGUUGCCGGUGAAGCAGGUCAAUAUGGCUGUCUUGCCGUAGACAACCUCUACAACAUCAUGCACAACACUGACCCAAUCGCAUACCGUGUCAACGCCGCAGUAGACUCGGAGCUCUCCAAUUCCCUCAAAAUGGGCUCUAUCCCCAGCUCCACCUCCACAUUCUGGCAAUCUUUCGGGAGUGUCUUCCGCUGGAGCCCGGCUCCUUCUACAUUCCUACCAUCCACUGUCCCUAUCCGCCCCGCAGCGGUCUCUAAACUCCCGUCCAAUGUGGAACUCGAGACUCACGACUUCACACGCGAAGAAAUCGCUGAGAAGCGCAUGCUUCUCCUGAACGACAACGGCCAAAUUGACUAUUAUCUAUCUGGCGGCGGCGGUCCAUUGAAUAUUCAAUACCUCAAUAUGCUGAGCGCGCACAGCAGUUACUGGACACUUGGGGAUUUUGUAAGAUUCUUGGUUGUGGAAAUUGCAAGAAAGCAGGGAAGGGAAGGGACACUCCUUGCGUUCCGAUCCGAAAAAAAGAAGGGUUGGAAGUAUUUCAAGGGUUGA